UCUGCAGUGGCCUCGCCGGCCUCGCCGGCCCCGCCGUCCGCACCGGCACGCUCAAGGGUCACCGGAUCUGUUUGGCAUUCCACGCUGGGGCCCACACACCGCGCCCAGAGUUCCAUGACGUCAUGAUCUCCACGUACUCCACCCUGGACCGGGGGUCGACCAACUUCCGGAUACGCAGGAACGCCCUCAUCGCCGCCAUGUACACGGGGGGCAUGUCCAUAGUGGUGGCCAUAUUCUGCGGCUGGCGGCUGGUGGUGAACGCCCGGCAGAAAGACGCCCUUCAGGACGUCUACUGGGGCGUCCAGAUCUCGUACCUCGCUAACCUGGGCUGCCAGCUCGCCAGCGUGUUCUUCAGCACCAUUCUGCUGGCCGCCGUCAACAAGGAAAACGCACCCAUGAUCGUGCCCUGGGUGGUGGGGACCAUCGCGUUCCUGGCCAUGGAGGCCGUGGGCACGGUGUACUCCAACGUGCUGCGGGACCACGUCAACCACGAAUUCGACACCCUGUGUAAGGUGGAAGGGGGCUUCCUAAUUUUUCGUGGGGCCUUAAACUGCGUGGCGCUGCACUGCGUGCUGCGCGUGUACCGCGCGCUCAAGACUGGCGUCCGCUUCGGCGGCCCCGAGCAGGUGGAGCUCUGAUGGCGGGUGGCGAGUGGCCGCCGUGGCGACCGCCGCGACGACGCGGAG